AUGGCCGUUAGAUUCUCACUCGCGUCGCAAGGGCUCGUGUCAACGCGCGCACCGCCAGUCAUCGUCGCUGCUGACCCGUUCCCCCCUCGCUGCUCCGCACGGCGCGAGCCAUUCCGUCCGCGCCCCGCGCGUUCCGCCCAUCCCACGCAUGCGGCCGUGCGGAAAUUCCACGGAAUGCGCGGGGAAUUGCGGAACCUGCGCGCAGACAAAGCGCUGUAUCUCUCCCGCCGCCGAGACCGCCGCUUGAUUCCAGGCGGUCCCGGCGACGGUGGUAACUGUGUUACUGUCGCACGGCGAACAGGCAAAUGGCGGCGGCAGACAGCCUUAGUGAAUUCCGAGGCUUCUUAUAAAGCGGAUGGAUCUGAAGCGGCGAUCGCGGAAGAGGCGGAUUGCGUGGUGGUGGGCGCGGGGAUUUCGGGGCUGUCAGCGGCGUUCGCGCUGGCGACGCGGCACGCGGACGCCGUGCCGCGCGUGCUUGUAACGGAGGCGCGGGAGCGCGUGGGCGGGAAUGUGACUACAACGGUGGGGGAGGCAGGCACAGAGAGCGAGGGGUAUGUGUGGGAGGAGGGGCCUCACAGCUUCCAACCCAGCGACGCCAUGCUGCAGUGCGCUGUGAGUUACCGGGUUACCAUGCUGCGCUGUGGUGUGAGUUACCGGGUUACCAUGCUGCGCUGUGGUGUGAGUUACCGGGUUACCAUGCUGCACUCAAAUGUGAGUUACCGGGUUACGAUGCUGCGCUGUGGUGUGAGUUACUGGGUUACCAUGCUGCGCUGUGGUGUGAGUUACCAGGUUACCAUGCUGCGCUGUGGUGUGGGUUACCAGGCAACCAUGCUGCGCUGUGGUGUGAGUUACCGGUUUACCAUGCUGCGCUGUGGUGUAAGUAACCGGGUUACCAUGCUGCGCUGUGGUAUGGGUUACCAGGUUACCAUGCUGCGCUGUGGUGUGAGUUACCGGGUUACCAUGCUGCGCUGGUAUGAGUUACCGGGUUACCAUGCUGCGCUGUGGUGUGAGUUACCGGGUUACCAUGCUGCGCUGUGGUGUGAGUUACCGGGUUACCAUGCUGCACUCAAAUGUGCGUUACCGGGUUACGAUGCUGCGCUGUGGUGUGAGUUACCGGGUUACCAUGCUGCGCUGUGGUGUGAGUUACCAGGUUACCAUGCUGCGCUGUGGUGUGGGUUACCAGGUUACCAUGCUGCGCUGUGGCGUGAGUUACCGGGUUACCAUGCUGCGCUGGUUACCAUGCUGCGCUGUGGUGUGAGUUACCGGGUUACCAUGCUGCGCUGGUAUGAGUUACCGGGUUACCAUGCUGCGCUGUGGUGUGAGUUACCAGGUUACCAUGCUGCGCUGUGGUGUGAGUUACCGGGUUACCAUGCUGCGCUGUGGUGUGAGUUAUCGGGUUACCAUGCUGCGCUGUGCUCUAGUCGGCAUUCUAGCCAGCCUGGUCCUGUUGCCACCCCCUUGCACCUGCCCCCGUUGCCUAUCGCCCUCGUCUCCCCCACACAGCUCAACCGCGCCAUUCCCAUGUUCCUCCUAGCUUCCACCGACCUUGUGCUAGGAGCCCCCAAUGCUCCAUGCGCGUUCCCAUCUUCCCUUCCCCCUGCCCUCAUUGCCAUUCCGCCCAUCCAGUCCUUGGCUUCCCUUCCCGUUCCCCCUGCCUCCACUGCCUUCCCCCUGCCUCCACUGCCUUCCCCCUGCCUCCACUGCCUUCCCCCUGCCUCCACUGCCUUCCCCCUGCCUCCACUGCCUUCCCCCUGCCUCCACUGCCUUCCCCCUGCCUCCACUGCCUUCCCCCCUGCCUCCACUGCCUUCCCCCUCAACCCAACCCCUUCCCCUCACAAACCUCAGCUCGACUGCGACAUUCUCUCCGACCUCGUGCCGGCGGCACCUGACGCGCCUCGCUACUUGGACUGUGGCAUUCUGUCUGAUCUCGUGCUGGGAGCGCCUGAUGCUCCGCGCUACGUCUUUUGGGACGGCAAGCUGCGUCCCAUUCCCUCGGGUCCCGCCGAUCUGAUCUCCUCGGAUCUGCUGACGCUGGCCGGCAAGCUGCGGGCGGCACUGGGGUUCGUGGGGAUCAGACCACCGCUGCCAGCUGGCAGCAAGGAGGAGAGUGUGUCAGAGUUUGUGACGCGCAACCUCGGCUCGCAGCUGCUGCACCGCCUGGUUGACCCCUUCUGCUCUUGCAUAUUCGCAGGGGAUGCGGAGCAGAUGAGCAUGCAGGCAGCAUUCAACCGCAUAUGGCGCAUGGAGGCAGAGGGGGGCUCGCUGCUGGGGGGCAUGAUUCAGCUGGGGAAGGAGAGGAAGGAGAAGCGGAAGGAGAACCUGGCAGAGCCUCGAGACCCGGCAUGGCGCAUGGGAGGCCCAGAGGGGGUUGCUGCAGAGGGGGGGCAUGGCGCAUGGGAGGCCCAGAAGGGGUUGCUGCAGAGGGGGGUGAUUCAGCUGGGCAGGGAGAGGAAGGAGAAGCAGGAGCAUGAGAACCCGGCUGUGUCUCGAGACCUCUCUACCUCGCCCCACACCUCACAGCUCUACCUCGCCCCACACCUCACAGCUCUACCUCGCCCCACACCUCACAGCUCUACCUCGCCCCACACCUCACAGCUCUACCUCGCCCCACACCUCACAGCUCUACCUCGCCCCACACCUCACAGCUCUACCUCGCCCCACACCUCACAGCUCUACCUCGCCCCACACCUCACAGCUCUACCUCGCCCCACACCUCACAGCUCUACCUCGUCCCACACCUCACAGCUCUACCUCGCCCCACACCUCACAGCUCUACCUCGCCCCACACCUCACAGCUCUACCUCGCCCCACACCUCACAGCUCUACCUCGCCCCACACCUCACAGCUCUACCUCGCCCCACACCUCACAGCUCUACCUCGCCCCACACCUCACAGCUCUACCUCGCCCCACACCUCACAGCUCUACCUCGCCCCACACCUCACAGCUCUACCUCGCCCCACACCUCACAGCUCUACCUCGCCCCACACCUCACAGCUCUACCUCGCCCCACACCUCACAGCUCUACCUCGUCCCACACCUCACAGCUCUACCUCGCCCCACACCUCACAGCUCUACCUCGCCCCACACCUCACAGCUCUACCUCGCCCCACACCUCACAGCUCUACCUCGCCCCACACCUCACAGCUCUACCUCGCCCCACACCUCACAGCUCUACCUCGCCCCACACCUCACAGCUCUACCUCGCCCCACACCUCACAGCUCUACCUCGCCCCACACCUCACAGCUCUACCUCGCCCCACACCUCACAGCUCUACCUCGCCCCACACCUCAACCUCGCCCCACACCUCACAGGCCCACCCCCACCUGUGGAUGUACCACACUUCUCUUUCCUCCAUUUCUCCUACUCUUCCUUCCACAUCCCCUCCUCCAUCCCUCCUCCAUCCCUCUUCCCUCCCUCGCACUCUCUGUCACUUAACAUUUUCCUGUCCCUCCCCGCUCCCACCCCCCCUCCCCAUCCCCCUCUCCACCCCCUCCCCAUCCCCCUCUCUCUCCAUCCCCCUCUCCAUCCCCCUCCCCAUCCCCCUCUCUCACCAUCCCCCUCUCCAUCCCUCUCUCCAUCCCCCUCUCCAUCCCUCUCUCCAUCCCCCUCUCCAUCCCUCUCUCCAUCCCCUUCUCCAUCCCUCUCUCCAUCCCACGUCCCCUCCCCCUUCCUCCCUCAUGCCCCCUGCAGCCGUCUCCCCAGGCCUCAGGGCCAGUCAGUGGGGUCAUUCCGCGCAGGGUUGGCCACUCUCACAAGCGCCAUGGCUGACCGGCUGGGGAGCAGAGUGCGGGUGGGGUGGCGGCUGGUGGGCAUGCAGCAGCGGGCAGGAGGGGGCGCUGUGCUGACGUACAACACGCCAUGUGGCAGCACACGAGUGGCCGCGCGCUCCGUGCUGCUCACUGUGCCUGCUUACGUUGCUGCUGACGUCAUCAGGGCUUUCUCUCCCACAGCAGCAGCAGCGCUGGCAGCCAUACCCUACCCGCCCAUGGCAUCCGUGGCCCUCUCUUACCCUGCUGCUGCCGUCAGGGAGGGCGCGGGGCAAGCAGGGGGGCUGCGCGGGUAUGGGCAGCUGCACCCGCGCUCUCAAGAACUGGCCACACUGGGCUGCAUCUACAGUUCUGCCCUCUUCCCCAACAGAGCACCUGACGGUCGGGUGCUGCUCAUCUGCUAUGUGGGCGGUGCGGGGAACGAUGCUGUUGCUGAAAUGUCCCACACAGACCUCAUAGCAGCAGUGGACUGUGACAUGCGCACCACGCUCCUCCAUCCCUCCGCGCCUCCUCCUCUGGCGCUCGGGGUGCGUGUGUGGCUGCGAGCCGUUCCCCAGCUUAAUACUGGCCACCUUGCAAGAAUAGAGGCGGCAAAGACAGGGAUCGAAGAGGCAGAGAUGGAAGGGGUGUUUCUUGGAGGGAAUUAUUUGACGGGUGUUGCGCUGAGUUGGUGUGUUGAGGGAGGGUAUGAGAACGCUAUUGAGAUUGCCAAAUCGUCACACGUCGCGCAGAGGCACGUCGCCAGCCGUCGUGGCGCUCGCUGCGAUGCUGCGACGGCGGGGAGCGACGGGAAGCCGCGCGUGCGAUUCGCGCCGUCGCCGACGGGGAACCUGCAUGUGGGCGGGGCUCGCACGGCGCUCUUCAACUGGCUCUUUGCGAGGGCGACGGGCGGCAAGUUCGUGCUGCGCGUGGAGGACACCGAUCUGAACCGCUCCACACCGGAGUCCGAGGCCGCCAUGGUGCGCGACCUGCGGUGGCUGGGGCUCGACUGGGACGAGGGCCCGGACGUGGGCGGUCCCCUGGGCCCGUACCGCCAGUCAGAGCGCAAUGAGAUCUAUCGCGAGCUGACUGAGAAGCUGCUGGCGUCUGGCAUGGUGUACCGCUGCUUCUGCACUGAUGAGGAGCUAGCAGCAAUGAAGGCGGAGCAGGAGGCGAAGAAGCUUCCUCCCAAGUACGCGGGCAAGUGGGCGCGGGCCAGCGAGGACGAGGUGGCUGCUGAGCUGGCAAAGGGCACGCCACACUCGUUCCGCUUCCGAGUGCCACCCAACAAAGUCAUUAAGAUCAACGACCUUGUUCGAGGGGAGGUGGCGUGGAACACGGAUACCCUGGGUGACUUCGUGGUGCUGCGCAGCAACGGGCAGCCAGUGUACAACUUCUGUGUCACUGUGGACGACGCCACCAUGAAGAUCUCCCACGUCAUCAGAGCGGAGGAGCACUUGCCCAACACUCUGCGCCAGGCGCUCAUCUACGAGGCCCUGGGUCUGCCCAUGCCCACGUUCGGCCACGUGUCGCUCAUCCUCGCUCCUGACCGCUCCAAGCUCUCCAAGCGCCACGGCGCCACCUCCGUUGGGCAGUUCAAGGAGCUGGGCUUCCUACCAGAGGCGAUGGUGAACUACCUGGCGCUGCUGGGGUGGAACGACGGCACGGAGGACGAGAUCUUCACGCCCUCGCAGCUCGUUGAGAAGUUCUCUCUCUCACGCGUCACCAAGUCCGCCGCCAUCUUCGACAACGCCAAGCUGCGCUGGAUCAACGGCCAGCACUUCCGGCAGCUGUCCGAGGAAGCUUCCACGCAGCUGCUCGCCGAGCAGUGGCAUGCCAGUGGCCUGCUGGCAUCAGCAGAUGCUACCAGCCGCACCACGCAGGCAGCAGCAUCAUUGGUGCGCAACGGGCUGGAGCUGGUCACAGAUGCCGAUGCAGCACUGGAGGCGCUGCUGGCAUUCCCUCUCAAGGAGACGCUCGCCAGCGAGGAGGCCAAGGCAGUGGUGGAGGACGGGCUGGACGAAGUGAGGGCGGCGCUGCUGGCGGAGUGGGAGAGCGGAGCACUGCUGGCAGCGGUGGAUGGCGGCGCUGCCACGUGGAAGAAGUGGAUCAAGGGGUUCGGCAAGGCCACUGGCCGCAAGGGCAAGCGCCUCUUCAUGCCCAUCCGCGUGCUGCUCACAGGCUGUAUGCACGGGCCUGAUGUGGGGGAGACACUCACCAUGCUGCAGCACGCAGCAGCGGAUAAGGCGCUGGGGCCCAAGGCUCACUGCUUCCCCCCCUACUUCCCCCUGUUUUCCCCUUUUGCUUCCCGUGCUUUUCGCACCUGCAUCCCCUCUUUCCCCCCCCUGCGUCUUUUCCUUUCUCCCCAUGCAUCCACCCCUUUCCCCCCUUUUUCCCCUCCUUUCCGCCCCUUCCCCUCCUUUUCCCCCUUGCUUCCCCUCCUUUCUCCUCUUGCAUCCCCUCCUCCGUUCCCCCACUGCUUCCCCUCCUUUCCCCCCCUUGCAUCCCCUCCUUUCCACCCCUGCAUCCCCUCCUCCGUUCCCUUGCAUCCCCUCCUUUCCACCCCUGCAUCCCCUCCUCCGUUCCCUUGCAUCCCCUCCUUUCCACCCCUGCAUCCCCUCCUUUCCACCCCUGCAUCCCCUCCUCCGUUCCCUUGCAUCCCCUCCUUUCCACCCCUGCAUCCCCUCCUUUCCACCCCUGCAUCCCCUCCUCCGUUCCCUUGCAUCCCCUCCUUUCCACCCCUGCAUCCCCUCCUUUCCACCCCUGCAUCCCCUCCUCCGUUCCCUUGCAUCCCCUCCUUUCCACCCCUGCAUCCCCUCCUCCGUUCCCUUGCAUCCCCUCCUUUCCACCCCUGCAUCCCCUCCUUUCCACCCCUGCAUCCCCUCCUCCGUUCCCUUGCAUCCCCUCCUUUCCACCCCUGCAUCCCCUCCUCCGUUCCCUUGCAUCCCCUCCUUUCCACCCCUGCAUCCCCUCCUUUCCACCCCUGCAUCCCCUCCUUAUGCUCCCUUCCCUUGCUUACUCUCCCUCCCCGUACCCACAGUUUCCACUUUCCACCUCCAGUACCGUACUACCAACGCGCUGCUCGCCCCAUCUCCGCCUCACCCCAUCUCUGCUUCUCUUCCCUUUCUCUCCCCAUCCAUCCCCUACGCAUCCCUUCUCUCCCCCCAUCCAUCCUCUAA